CGGAGCAACGGAGGCAGAGGAGGCUCCCCCCCGGUCCCGGAGCGGAACCUAGAGGAAGUGAGAUUUAACUUUCGCAAAGGCAGGUUUUCUUUUCGUGGCGCAGGCUUCAGCCCCUCGCCCUUAAGCUUCUGAAGCCCGACUCGCUCAUUUCCGAACGAUGGCAACAGAAAAGAGACCAGACCCAGAAGCCCGGAAAACACAACCUACACCAUCCUCAUCAACCAAUCAGAGCAAGCCAGCACCUUUAAAGCCAAACUACACAUUAACAUUUACAUUAGUGGGGCAUACUAAAGGCGUAUCUUCGGUAAAAUUUAGCCCGAACGGAGAAUGGUUAGCAAGCUCUUCCGCUGAUAAACUCAUUAAAAUUUGGGGAGCAUAUGAUGGAAAAUGUGAGAAAACAAUAUCUGGGCACAAACUGGAAAUCUCAGAUGUUGCCUGGUCUUCAGAUUCCAACCUUCUAGUGUCUGCCUCGGAUGAUAAAACUCUUAAAAUCUGGGAUGUGAGCUCGGGGGAGUGUCUAAAAACCCUGAAGGGACACACUAAUUACGUCUUCUGCUGUAGCUUCAAUCCCCUCUCCAAUCUCGUCGUUUCUGGCUCUUUUGAUGAAAGCGUAAGGAUCUGGGACGUGAAAACAGGGAAGUGCCUCAAGACUCUGCCCGCUCACUCUGACCCGGUUACAGCUGUGCAUUUUAACCGCGACGGCUCCCUGAUAGUGUCAAGUAGUUACGAUGGUCUCUGCCGCAUCUGGGAUACUGCGUCAGGUCAAUGCUUAAAAACGCUUAUCGGCGACCAGAAUCCUCUUGUGUCUUUUGUGAAAUUCUCUCCGAAUGGGAAAUACAUUCUUGCUGCAACUCUGGAUAACCUUCUUAAACUAUGGGACUACAGCAAGGGGAGGUGCCUGAAGACGUACACUGGCCACAAGAAUGAGAAAUAUUGUAUUUUUGCUAACUUUUUAGUCACUGGUGGAAAGUGGAUUGUGUCCGGGUCAGAAGAUAACCUGGUUUACAUUUGGAACCUUCAGACAAAAGAGAUUGUGCAGAAGUUACAAGGUCAUACAGACGUUGUUAUCUCGACAGCUUGUCACCCUACAGAAAACAUUAUUGCAUCAGCUGCAUUAGACAAUGAUAAAACGAUUAAGCUCUGGAAGAGUGACUGUUAAACCUUUUCAUUAUCGUAUUGGAGACCGUAUCAGGAAGUAGAUCCUGUUGGGCAAAAAACUUAAAUAUUUGAGAAUGUGGUUUCUUUGGCCCAAAAGGAAAAAUCUCUUUUAUCCUUCCCUGGGAAUUGGGAGCCUGGUAAGAAAUGGCAGCAUUUGCUUGAUUUUGCAGAUAGCUCUCUAAUUUUUUUAAAGGAAGGAAACAAGCAUUUAUUAAGCACUUACUUAAUAAAUGUACUAGGUGCUUUACAAAUAUCUCUUUUGAUCCUCACAAUAACAUGUACGGGUGCUGUUAUUAUACUCAUUCAACAGUUGAGGACACUCAGGCAGGCAAGCUAAGUGACUUGCCCAGGUCACACAGCUAGUAAGUGUCUGAGGCAGACUUUUGAACUCAGAUCUUACUGAUUCCAGGCCCAUUCCUCUAUACACUGUAACACCUAGUUGGGGGAAAUUUUUGCAUAUAUCACUAAGUCUCAAAAAGCUUUCAUGAUAGUUCUUGCCCAUUCUCCUGAUGCUGUCAAAGGAAAAGUUUCAAUCUAUUUUGUGUAUAAAUUGAGUCAAUAGUACUUGAAAUUUGAAUUUUUAAUAUAGAACGAUUUCUUCAGAGACUUUUCCUUAACUAAAGCUUCUGUAUCCUUUUUAAAGAUGCCCUAUACUCAUAGAAUAAUUAAUUCUGUGACCAAAUACAACCAUGUAAGUUUCUGACUUUCUAUCUCCAAAUUUCACUGACUUUGUAAUGAGAUAUGUAAUGAAAUUUUACUUUCUAUGUAAUUGAUUACUUCUUGUUUUAUAUAUAUAUGUAUAUGUAAUAUAUAUUUAAUAGAUGAUGUCAUGUUGCAAGUUGUCUACUUUUCCCACUCUAACUUCUAAUUAAUUCCUUCUUAAUAGUAAUUGGAAACACAUUUUGAUGUCUUUCAGAGGAAAACCAAACUUGGAACAUUAUAAAGUUUUUCAUGGUAAACACAAUUUUGUAUUGUGAAAGUUCAGAGUGUAGAACUUUUAAUGACAUCACUGUACACUUCAGUCCCAAUAUUUUCACUCAGUGGUUUACAUAGUAAACCAUAAAAUUUAAAAGUCAUUUUCUAAAGGUGGGAAUUUCUGUUUAAAAAAAAAAAAACCUGUGUGUAGACAACUGUCACAAAAAAAGGAACUUGGAUUCUAGGUGUGAGGGUACUUGGGUCAGUCUGUCAUGAGUUGUGUCAGGACCAAUGCUUUGUUCCUGAGACUCAACUACAGACCCCAGGUGGUAAGCUUUUUUUUCUCUCCUUGGGUUCUUUCUUGGAAGCAUGAAACCUCUUACACCAGAAAGUCCAUUUACCUUUCUUUUGUUUUAAACAGUUACCUUGUCUUUAUUAUAAAUAGCUAGUGUAAAUAGCUGUAAAUACUGUUGGGAAGAGGCAAGACAAAGAAGAGGUAAAGAUACGUCUAACACAAGGGAAUUUUUGUUAGGAACUCUGUGCCUGGCUAGGGGCUUAGAGUUAACAAAAAGGUAAAGAGAGUUACAGAUCUUUUGAUACUGUUCUACAGAGUAGUAAAGUUAUAUUUACAUUGGGAAACCCAUUUGCACAAGAGUGUAGAGAGUAAGGCAAAGGUCAAAAAGAAGUAACUAAACAACCUUCACCAAGUCACAGAGGUACCUAAGGUUUAAAAAUAAAAAUACAGGGGCAGCUAGAUGGCGCAGUGGAUGGAGCACUGACCCUGGAGUCAGGAGUACCUGAGUUCAAAUUUAGCCUCAGACACUUAAGACUUACUAGCUGUGUGACCGUGGGCAAGUCACUUAACCCCAAUUGUCUCACUAAAAAAAAAUUUUUAAAAAUAAAAUAAAAAUACAUUCAUCAUGUACAGUACAGGCUUUGUUUCAGAAGACACAGAAACUUCGGAAGAUACAAAGGACUCAAAAGGAGCCUGUAAAAGAAUACUAAAUCCACCAAUAAACAUUUAUUAAGUUAUGUGCCAGGCAAAAGCAGACUUUUCUGGGUUGGGCUGGAUUCAGGCUAGUCCCUCAGUCAUUUAUGUAUGAUACUGGAACAAAAUGAGAUGCUUACAAGUCAUUCAACAGUUAACAAAAAGAGAUACAUACUUAGCCAGUCAGCAAAGGCUAUUCAACAAGGAUAUAAGGGGACAUCAGGAGUUGAUUCAGCUUUUUUGACUGAGUUGUCAAUCACUCAUCUUGACCAUGCCUAGCACUCCUCCUCCCUGUUUUACACUCUGGAAACCAAGUUAUGAUAUCAACAGCCUGAGCCUUUCAUCCCCUAAGUUAAUCAAGACUUCAGGAUGGUUACUUCUUAAAGGAAAAGCUAGGUUAACUUUCUUGGAAGUGGCAAUAAGAAAUUGCUCCUACCACACAGUCAUAGCAUACUAUGUAGUGCCUAAGAGAGCUAGCUUUAAAGUCAAGAAAACCUGGAUUCAAGUACUGUUUCUGACAUAUACUGGUUGUGUGGCAAUAAACAAGUCAUUUAACCUCUUAGAGUCCCAGACAGUUCUCUCUCCAUGGCCUAUGGGCCUCUUUCUUACAAGAGGCUCAUGCUCUUGACUUAUAGAACCCUGUAUUAUUCUGGGCUUCCCUUGACCCCAUAGGAUCCAGGUGUCUGUUGUACUCUGGUUCACUAUGCUCCCACCUUAAAGUCAAAAUCUGAGAAAAAUCUCCUAAACAAAGCUUAUCUAUAGUUCCUGUGGAGAGUCUCCUCAAAAAGGGGUUUAACGGGGGAUCUCUUCUAAAAAAGGCACUUAAGAUACAAAAUGGACAUCAGGUAAAAAAUGGCUAUUUAUUUCACCCACCACAAAAGAAAGUCUUAAAACAGAAAGGACUAAUAAACACAUCUUAACAAAUACCUAAAAUACAAACAACAGCCCAUUACUAUCAUUAUAAUUCUUCAAAAAGUAAAGGCACUGGGGGCAGCUAGGUGGCGCACUGGAUAAAGUACUGGUCCUGGAUUCAGGAGGAUCUGAGCUCAAAUGUGACCUCAGACACUUGACACUUACUAGCUGUGUGACCCUGGGCAAGUCAUUUAACCCUCAUUGCCCCCCCCCCCAAUAAAAUAAAAUAAAAUAAAAAUAAAAAAUAAAGGCACUUUGUGGGACUAUGGAACAGACAUUUCACUUUUACCUCAGGCCUGUACUGUCUAAUCAAAUCACAAGAUCCAGGACUACAGGUUAGUCAAGCAUGCCUAUAAGGUUCAAGUUGAUCCUGAUCAUGGUCAUCUACUCCAAAGAGCAGUGUAGUAGUAGGAAGUAUAUUCACUGAUCAGCUCAGAAGCCCAGAGACAUUCAAACCCAGUAGAUUGCUUGUUUUGGUUUUUUGGUUUUUUGGUUGGGCAAACUUGCCCAAGGUCACACAGCUACUAAGUGUCAAGUGUCUGAGGUCGGAUUUGAACUCAGGUCCUCCUGACUCCAGGGCUGGUGCUCUAUCCACUGUGCCACCUAACUGCCCCCCAGUAGAUUGCUAAUCAGUAUAAAAACAGUCAUCUCUGAGGGUCACUGUGUUUUCAUUCAUUCAAUUGCCUUCUUUGCUUUAAGGUUUAUUUUAAAAACAGAAGAAAAUCAGACAUAUUUCACUUUUUGUUAAAAUCUGGCAAGGGUCCUUUUCUUUAAAAAUGUAGAAAUAAUUGUUUUGUAUGUGAAAUAUUUAAAUGAGUAUUUCUGAAAAUUAGCCUCGGUACAAUCACUUAUCUACUACCUCCUGACAAAAAAAAAGUUAGAAAUAUUUUUUUCUAGAAGUUUACCAGCACAAAUACCAAAACAAUUUACUUGGCUUUUUAUAUUAUACCAAGGAUAAAGUAAUCUAAGUCUUAAGAAAAUUUAAGAAAAUAAAGGGAACCAAUAAUAUUGUUUUUACUGUCUUGGGAU